GAUCACAUUUUGAAUGUGAUUUGCCUGAACAAAAGCAUUUUGCGACUGUUGAGCAGCUAAGCUGGAAAGCACCCAGGUCAACAUCAUCAGGAGAAGGCAUAACCUCCCUAACUGCCUGCCUGGAGGCAGUUGUCGCAUGAGGACAGCUGGGAAACACCCCAGCGGCACGCUGUCUUAGCUGGAGGGAGCACUGCCGAACUUCCUGUGGUGGCCAGUGGAGGAGGAACAGAUAUCUAUCUUGGGACCAGGCAACUGAGAUGAAUGAAAGGAUGAAUCCCUAUAUUUCUACAAAGAAUAAAAUCUACACACAAGAAGGCCAUCAUUAAUAACGUUUUAUAGAGGGUUCUCAACCAUAAUCCGCUGAAAGUCAUUGAUGAUACCUGAUUUUACAAGCUUCCCUCACUGAAACUUCUAGACCUUAGUUCCACAGAAAUGACCCCAAAGAUACUGGAGGCCCUGCUCCAGUCAUCCCUGCAUUUGAAGACUCUCAUCUUGCCUAACAAGAUGUGCUGCUGUCUUUGCGGUAUGAAGGAUGGCACUGAAGUUUUGUCUGAUACGAUUAAGUUGGACUGCACCGACACAUGUACCACGAACGAAUCUCUCUGCGAGAAAGAUGAGGCUUUGAACAGGAUGCAAAAAGAAGUCAUGAAGGCGUUGGAAAUCAGGAAGCUGAAUGCCAGCAGUACACUGAACAUUGUGCCUGAGAAACUUUUACACAGCAACAUAACAAUGAAGGUCACCGUGAGGCAGAGAAACACCAAUUUAGGUGAACUCAACCCACACCUUUUGAAAUCGGUCCAGGAAUUAGGUAAGCUGAAACCUGAAGAGGUCCUGCAAAUCAAGUGGAAUGACACGUCUGAACUGAAAAAGCUGUACAUGCUGGCCAAUUUGCUCCAGAUGGCACUUACAGAACAAGUUAUGGAAGAUAAAAGGGGCAGGCAAGGGGAACCUCGCCAAAUAGCACGCCGGUCUGCUUGGAAGUGGUCUCUUAUGCAGUUCACAACUAGCUUCCCCUUUUUGACAGCUUCCAUCAUGGUGGAUAAUGACGCUGCUGACUUGACUGGCCGAGUACUUAUCAUUCUGAAACAUUUCAAUGAGUCAAGCCAUCAAGACCACUCUCUGCAUGAGGAAGAAACAGCGGCUCCCAGUACCACUACCACCACCACUACCACCCCCACUACCACCCCCACUACUACCACAACUACUACCACUAGCACCACUAGUCCUACUAGUCAGAGUUUGCUGCUGGAAGGUACGUCCUGCUCUUCCCAAAAUGAACCUAGUGAAGGAAACUCAGAGCAGACAUCAGAUAAUGCACCAUUAAUGGCAAAGGAGGUGCUGCUCAACCAGCUCAUGCAUGGAACUCAGGAAGGUGCUGUGCCCCAAAUCCCAGGAGAUAACGCAGAGGCACCCCAAAUCCCAGGAGAUGACACAGAGGUCUCCUUAAACGAAAUCUCCCCUGAUAUAACAUUGUCCCAUGAGACAAACUGGGAGCAUCAUGAACUGAAGACCACUGCUUGCCACAAGCUGAACAUCUUGCCCACUGAUGAUGACUACUUGCUUCAAGGGGACCUUUUUGAAGCUGAGUUGAACAAGCGGCUAUCACCCCUUAUCCCAAACACACCAGUGAGGAACCUCAUAUCCCACACACUCCGUAUCCUCAAAAUGGACUGCACAGUGUCCAGGGUCCAGCUGGCCUGUGCUAAGCUCAUCUCCAGAACAGGUCUCCUCAUGAAACUAUUCAGUGAGAGAGAAAACCUCAUGGAUAACUCCGCCUUGUGGAAGUCAUACUUCUUGUCUAUGAAGAAUGUCUCCAACUUGGCCACAGGAAGUCCAAGAAAACUGGGGAAAUCUGAGAUUGGAAGCCAGGGAAUCCCAGAAUAUGGCUAUGGCAAAAAGCUGUUGUUUGCUAUUUCAGUGACUGCAGUGAUAAUAAUUAUCAUUUCAGUAAUUGGGCUGACUGAGAUCUGCUCUCAGCGUUCUGCAGCUAAGCAUGGCACCCCUCAAGAAAAACGGACGUUUCUGGGCAGAAAGAAGAAAGGAGCAGAACAGUCUUCCAGUGCAGGUUCUUCAGUGCUCGAUAAGCCUCUUUGGCUCAAGGAUAUGUACCAGCCUCUGGAUGAAGUACGGAAAAAGAGCAUGGUGGACAAAAUGCACGAUGAAGAAUCCUCUGAAGAUGAAGAUAUAUUCAGCUGGGCAAGAGUUCCCGGAGCUCCACCAGGUCCACCAAGCCCAUCACCGGUAGAACAACCGCCUUCAAGAAGGCCCAGCUCAAGAAAAAUGUCACAAAUGACUGCACCGUCCCCUGCUAGAAAGCCCAGUUCCAAGACACUGUCUGCACAUCCGUCCCUCUUUGCACCUCAGUCCGCACCUCCAUCUGUGCCUCCAUCAAUGCCCAUGUAUAUGUCUCCGUAUGUACCUCCAUCUGCAACUCCAUCCGUACAUCCAUACGUACCCCCAUCAGUAUCUCCAUCCAUCCAUCAAUCCGUACCUCCAUCCGAAUAUCAGUCCGUACCUCCGUCUGUACAUCAGUCCGCACCUCCGUCCGCACCUCCCUCUGCACCUCACUCCGCACCUCACUCCGCACGUCCGUCUGUACCUGCAUCUGUGGAAGGAGCUCCGCACACACCAUCACCAAAAUCAUCAUUGACAAAGCCCCCCAGUGAAGCUUCAAAACGAGGAUCGACGGCAGAAGGUGGCGCUAGCACAGAGUCAAAGAAAGCAAGUUCGGGUGCAGGAAGCGAAGCUGGAGGAAGCAAAGCUGGAGGAAGUGAAGGUGGAGGAAGCGCAACUGAAGGGGGAGGAAGCGCAACGGAAGAAGAUUGACCUUUGUUCGUUUGUAAAUAAUGUUAUAUUAUCUGUAGAGCUCUGUACAAAGUUCUGUUGUUAUUAUUACUAUAAUCAUAAUACUAUUAUUAUUAUUAAAUACAUAACUCCAAAAGACA